CCUGUGCAGAGAGGCAGGAAGGGGGGCGGUGAGGAGAAAUGAUUUUCUUUACAGGACUAGAAUCCAGAAGCAGUUUUGUGCUAAAAUACCACUUACAAGGCUGCCUAGAAGCCAAGAAUGUGUACCACUGAUCUCCAUGCUAUUCUUGGUGCCUCUCAGCUCAUAGUAGGCUGGACUGCCACUCCUCCUGCUAUGAUGCCUGGGCAGAUCCCAGACCCUUCCGUGACUGCGGGCUCUCUGCCAGGGCUUGGCCCCCUGACCGGACUCCCCAGCUCAGCUCUGACUGCAGAGGAGCUGAAAUACGCCGACAUCCGCAACAUCGGGGCCAUGAUCGCCCCUUUGCACUUCCUGGAGGUGAAACUGGGCAAGAGGCCCCAGCCCGUGAAGAGUGAGCUAGACGAGGAAGAGGAGAGGAGGAAACGGCGUCGGGAGAAGAACAAAGUCGCGGCGGCCCGAUGCCGGAACAAGAAGAAGGAGCGGACGGAAUUUCUGCAGCGGGAAUCUGAGCGGCUAGAACUCAUGAACGCUGAGCUGAAGACCCAGAUCGAGGAGCUCAAGCAGGAGCGACAGCAGCUCAUCUUGAUGCUGAACCGGCAUCGUCCCACCUGUAUCGUUCGGACCGACAGCGUCAAGACACCCGAGUCAGAAGGCAACCCUCUGCUUGAGCAGCUUGAGAAGAAGUGACCGUGGGCUGGGAGGAGGAGGACAAAGGAGGAACAAGGAGGAGGAGAUGGCAAGAGGGAGGCGGAGGAGGAGGGCACCAGAGGGCUCUUCCUUGGUGUGUGAAAAACUUUACACCGGAGGCUCAGCACAGCCAGUAAUUGGCCGGGCCUUUUUUUUUUUUUUUUUUUUUUUUGUGAAA